UGAGAUGAACCAAAUGCUCUGGAUCACUUUUACGAAAUUUAUUUAAAUAUGGAAUAAUUUAAGUGAGACUGAAAAUAACUGUAAAAUGCCUCUGUGAAGCUUGAGCCUGCGUAUGAGGAGAUGCUCCAGGGUUUAAUGAUUCAAUACUCCAACAAAUAAUAACGGAUGAUUUGCUGCAACAAAUAAACACGCAUGCAUAUUUGUUUAUUGCAGCUGUGUAAAUCAAGUGCUCGGGUACGACCCCAUAGCAGACAGGUGUUACAGCAAAGAUUUGCCAUUUGUUUUCUAAUGUCUCCAUCUUGAAACAGGCUUCUAAAAUAGGUCCACUGCUUCGUCUUUUUUUAGCCCCCACGGGUUCACAGUCUUCUAUCCGGAUCGUAGCGUGAAGAGACUCGCGUGAAUGAACGCUUAUUGUUUGCAGCCGACCUUUCAGAUCAGAGAGUAGCUGUUUAGCAGUGGUGGUGGUGGUAUCGCAGCAUUUCAGUUCACAGCCCCGGUGUCUUCGUAGGGGAGUGACCGCCUCGUGAAGCUACACCUCGGGGAACGACGCGUCGCAAUGGACCGUGGACCUGCUUCAUUGGAGCACUACAAGGCAGCCAUGUUGCUGAGUGGUGUUGGUGACGCUCUAGGAUACAAGAACCAGCUGUGGGAGUACAAUGAGUCAGGACCAGCCAUCCACCAGGAGCUGAAGGAUCUUGGCGGUCUGAAGAACAUCAAGGUUGAGCUCCCUGAUUGGCCGGUGAGCGACGACACAGUUCUGCAUCUGGCGACAGCUGAGGGACUUGCAACUGGGAAGGGAGGGGAAGAGCUCCUUCAUGAUGUGGCUGCUCGAUACGUGGAGGGGAUGAAAGACAUGGAAGGGAGGAAACCUGGGCCUUCGAGCAUCCUGGGAGUCUCACAGCUGAAGCCUGGAGAGGAGGGGGGCUUUAGGGUGUCCUACAACCCUGAGGGAACAGGCUGUGGAGCAGCCAUGAGGUCCAUGUGUAUUGGUCUCAGGUACCCAAAGCCCGAUCAGCUGUUGUCGUUGGUAGCAGUUGCUGUGGAAACAGGCAGGAUGACCCACCCUCACCCGACCGGCUUUCUCGGCGCAGUCGCGUCUGCUCUUUUCACCGCAUACGCCGUCCAACGCAGGCCGAUCACGACUUGGGGGCUCGGCCUGAUCAACGAGGCCUGUCCAAUAGCAAAAAGCUUUGUUCAGGGUCGAGGCCACGCUGUGGAGGAGACCGAGAAGGACUGGGGAUACUUUGAGGACAAGUGGCAGUGGUAUCUUGACACGAGGGGCAUCUCCAACGGGGUAGGGCCUGCGAUCUGGCCCGACUCCUAUGGCCCAGCUGAGAGAGACGAAGCCUACAAGAGCUUCAGUCUGUCUGGCUGGGCAGGACGCAGUGGCCACGACGCUCCUAUGAUUGCACUGGAUGCUUUGCUGGGGGCAGGCUCAGACUGGGAGGAGCUGAUGAGCCGAGCAGGCUUCCAUGGAGGCGACAGUGACAGCACUGCAGUGAUCGCCUGCUGCUGCUGGGGCCUCCUCUACGGCACCAAGGGGGUCCCUGAAUGCAACUACAACAACCUGGAAUACAGGGACAGACUGGAGCGCAGUGCUGAGCAACUCUAUGCCCUGUCACACUGAGGUGUCUGUCACUGACUGCUGCACUGACAGGAUGUCCAAAUAUGGCUCACCGAGGGGGAACUAGGCCAUGCACUCUGAAACACUGACGUAGAGCUAGUUGGUGCGGUCAGUAGUUGAUUGAUUGAGAGUACUGUCAUACUUGCCAGAAGGAGAAGCAGUGUCCCACUGACCCAGAGAGUCAACAAGGACUGUGUGCGUUCUGACACUAAGCUUGUGUGUAAAGAGGGGUCCCCCUAGUGACUGUUUUGAAUUAACUUGCAGGGCUGUACUGCUGAGUGGAACCAAUCCCAGCUAAUGAGAAUGUGGAGAGAAUACAAAAAGUCCCCCAGGAGGUAAUUACUUCAUUUUGUCAGCCUGACAUAAUAGCUAACUCUCAGCGAGCUUCAAAUUAAAUGUGCACUUGUUAUCAACUAGUGAAAAAUACAUUUUCUGUGGCUCAUUAUCGCUGCUAACUGUUUUUUCAUGCAGCGCAGAGCAAAGCUGUAACUGCUGCACUCCAGAGAAGCAUAAUCAUUGAAACAAUAAAUUCAACAA